UUUUGCAUUCUGCCUUCGCAGUUGCUGUCGCUGGUCAUCUUCCUUCAUCCAUUCCAACAAAUUUGUGUGAUUUAUCCAUGGAUUUUGUGUUUGUUUUAAUAGUUAAUAAUAUGUUUAAGAGUCUUAGUUAUUUCAUAUAUGGGAAAAUCAAGUAGCGAUUCACAGCUACGGUGUCCUUGUGGAUUUUGGGGAUCAACCAAGACAUUAGGAUUGUGUUCUGUGUGUUAUAGAAAAGCUCACAGAAUUCAGUCCCAGACACAGUCUCUCUCAUUUGAUGCAGGAAAAUCUAGUGUUGGAAGUUGUUCUAACCAGUCUGAAAGUAGUCAGGGAACAAAGAUGGAUUCUAAACCAUUUCCUUCACGUUCAACGACUGACAAUUUACCAAGUUCACUAAGUUCACCGCCUGGUGAACGAACUGCUCUGACAGCAACAUCAUCAUCAGCCAUAGAUACCACCACUACUACCAGUGGAUCUUCUACAUCAGCACACAUUUCUUCAGUGCUAGCCGCUAGUUCUGGUAAUGGAGAUAUAGGUCAGCCUGGGCCAUCAUCUACAAUAAAACAGUCAUGUGAACAGUUGCCUGACCAUAGCGAUACAGACACAUGUAGCUCUGCUUCCACAGAUCAGUCUUAUGAUAUUAGCCAUGAUCCGGGUGCAACCUCGGGUCUCGGUUCUGUGGUUUGCAGCAUUGCAUCUACUUAUUCGUCUUCAAGCAGCAUUGCUGCUUCGUUGUCCUCAACGACCACUUUGGUUGGUUCUGGAGAUCACAAAGCAACCACCUCUCAGGCUCUUGAAAGUCAGAUUUCUGCCAUCUUCGGCUUACAAAGUGACCCUAAACCUUCCAGCCAGACUAGCACUAGUAUAUCGGGUUCUAACAUUACGUCAGGUGUGUCUAAUAGCAAUGCUGCGGCUUCCACUAAAAACAGUGCAGACAGGAGUAAAGAGAGGGGGGAAGAACUUUUUGACAGCUUGCUUUCUCAGGACAAAACAUCCCCCGCAAGCUCUUCUGUACAAAUUCUGCCUUUGAUUGUCGCUAGUGGAAGUGUUGUGGACAAGAGUCCAGAAUGUUCGGCACAAAGGGGGAUUAAGAGGUCUAGAGAAGAAAUGGAAAUGUCAAGUGACAUUCAACCUACAGCUUCCCCACAGAAAAACAAAAGACGUUGCUUUACCUGCAGCUGUAAGCUUGAAUUAGCUCAGCGUACAAUAGGUCAUUGUCGGUGUGAUCGUGUGUUUUGUGCUCUCCAUCGACUGCCUGAACUCCAUGGCUGUGACUUCAAUCAUAAAGAAGAUGGCCGCAGAGAAGCCAGGGAAAAGAUGAUUAAACCAACUAGACAUCUAGGGCCUUCUUAUCGCAGAGAAGACCACUCGUGAUACACUUAGCUAACAAGUCAAAUGUGCUCUCGUCUUAAAUAUUCUAAACUUUUGUCUUGUGUCUUUGAUUGUUUUAGUGAGAAUUCAUGCCAAUAUAAUGUGGAUGCAGGCCUGCAUACUUGAGUAAAUCGAAUGUUUUCUUCAGGCAUCAAGCAAUGAAUAUGCGAAUUUAUUUCUAAAUCUUUUUUUUUUUUUCUUUAAAUUCAUUUUGGACCUGCUGCUGAUUUUGUAAAGGUCUGCUGGAACUGAAGACAAAUGUGAAAAGUGUUUGUGGUGGUAAACUGGUGGAAUCUGAGACUUGUGGGUCUGCCAUUGGGCAUGUGUUGUAAAGCCAUUAACUGUGUAUCUAAUAGUCAUCUAUGACAUGCUUGGAGCAAAGACUCUUUGUGUACAUAACUGUGGUGAGCACUGCAAGAUACUGGAGCCAUCUUACUGAGUGAAAGCAUGUUAUACAAGUUUAUGUUUGAGAUUAGACUAGACUUUUUUUUUUUUUUUUUGUUAAUCUUUACUCACAGCACCUUACAUUGUUUUUUAAUGUGCUACUAGGCAUAAUUGUAUUCUUUGAAAGAGGAUGUAUAGAUAUGUUUUAAGUACAAUACUUCUUUAAAGAUUAUGAUACAUUUAUUCAGGCUAUUUAUAGUUCUAAGAAAAUAAAGUAAGUUUUAGGCGAGCUGGCUUGGUGACUUAUUUGGACAAUUAUCUCCCCCACUUUUUUGUUAUCUUUUAAAAUCCAUAUCUGGGAAUGAUAUUGAACACUAAUUAUGGCUAAUUUAUUCUUGCAAAAUUUCAUUAUUUUGUUUGUAGCAAGUAAUUGCUGUUGAUAAAAUGUUAAUAUUUAAUUUAUUAUUUCACUAGUUUAAUGGUUUUUUUUUGUAUGUUACAGUUUUUAGUCGAUUUUUUUUUUUUAAAUUAUGUUUCAUUUUAAAUUAUGUUUCAUUAAGCUUAGUUUAAAAUUGGUUUGUCUUAUUUAAAUUACAUUUUGUUUUCUGGUUUAGAAAUGAAUGGUCUUUUUUUUUUUAAAUUUCCGUUGAGUAGGUUCUGGUGAAUAGGGGAAAUGAUUUUUUCCAGGUCAAGAAAUGUGCUGGCUUCUAUGGAAGGCACACUAUUGAUAUGCAACUAGUAUGCAAACCAAGCCAUACAAUGAAAUGUACUUUGUCGCUGGUCCACUAAUCAAAGUGUUGACUAAAGAUACUUACAGGUACAAGUUUGACUCACAAAGUUGUAUAGAAUUCUUCCUAUUUCAUUCCUCGUGUGAACCUGCCGAAAUAAGUUUAUAUUGACUGGAGAAAAAAAAAGGUUUCUCUCGUGUUUUUUUUUUUAAUAUGCAUCUUCAGAUUUAUUUAUCAAAAUGAGUUUUCAUUUCCUGUAAUAUAUUUCUGCAGAAAAAGUAUUUUUAAUUUGCUUUCAUUGCAACACCAACACAAAAAUAGGUCACAUAAUGUAAAUAAGCAGAUGAUUGGUUUAAAAAAAAAGGGGUUAUUUUAAAUCAAGACUUGUUGUAGGUCACAUGACAUUUAGAUGAAGUGAAGAAUGGGGAUCCACUUGUCAAUCUUGCCAAUGCUGGUAAUGAAGCGAAAAAGGCUAAUCAAUUUGUUCUCAGUCUUUGAAUACAUUCUAUUUGAAUUCAAUAUAAAGUAUAAAAACAAAAUGAUCAGCUUAUCAUGUAAUAUAUGCAAAGUAUAUAUGAUAAGAGAAAUAGUGAUUUUUCGAAAGCCGUAGUAAAAAACUUGUUUAAAGUGAAGUCCAGCUCCACGUUCACCUAACAGAACCAGUGUAUGGCAAGAAUGGAGUGACCACAUGGAGGUUUUUUUGUUGGGUUUUUUUUUUUUACCUCCAUACACAGCUACUAAACUCGUUCAAUCUCUGGGGAGAAUGUUGUGAAUGAUGACCAUGUGUGAUAUUGUUGCUUUUUAUUGACUUGUGUUUCAUUCAGCGCUGUUUGUCUGUCAUGUUUUUUGUGAACCUCUUAGAAUUUUGUGCUUUUGUGUCUGCUCAACAUUAGCUCCUUCGACCGUUUCUUUUUUUUUUUUUUUCGGCAAAGGACAGCCAUGCAAGUUUUAUGAAAGGCGAAUGUUCCUUCAAUUUUCACACAAGCCCACUUUAGACUAGAUUGACACAUGAAAUAGGACGUAAUUAUCUUCUCUUUUUUUUUAAAGUAAUGUCUAUAAUAUAUAUAAUUAAAAAAAACAAAGAGACAUUAUGAUUCAUUAGAGUAAUAGAGUAGAAUAUAAUAUAUUCUUUAAAACUGCCUGUAAGUAUAGUCAUACAUGAAUGCAUAGAAUUUGAAUUUGUAAACUUGUUUUGUUGGUGUAAAGUAAAGUUAAAACUUUUUAAAAAUUUAAAUCCUUGUAGCCAUGUCUAGUAGUUGUAUUGGUCCAACAUUGAAAGAUUCAUGAAGAUUGGGGGGUGAGGGGGAUUAAUGGAUCUGCUUUUAUUGGCUUCCUUCAGUUGUAGAACAGUAGUGAAACGGAACCUGGGUAUAAAGCUAUGGUUGGAACGAUGUAACCCACAACGGUUGCCCCCACUCCACGCAGUAAGUGUGGAAAUAAAUAAUCUAUGUAUAAGGUUAUAAAUUACUUGUUAUUAGUGCAGAACCAAGACAUCUUGUGUAUAUGUGUGUGUGCAGUAUGAAUCUUGGUCUCAAUAAAUAGAUUAUGUGCCGGAUAUACACACAUUUGUCUAUUAACACUGGUGUAUAAUUGUAUAAGUUAUCUCUAUAUAAGUUUCUUUUUGUGUGAAGGUAUGGCUGAGUCAUGUUUUAUUGGUAAUACUAUGUAUUAAUACAUUCUGAAUGUAUAGCUACAUAAUGCGACUUAACUAAAACAUCUUCUAUAAUCUUCUUUGUCAUUCAGUCAAGGAUUAAAUUCUAAUCCUAUUAGUAGGAAUACAAAUAUUUGUGUUAGACAAACUAAGCUGUGAACCACACCACAUAUAAACUUGAAGAAAUAGACUUUAUAGUGUUUAUUGUUCUAUGUAUUUGUAUAUAUCUACAUAUAUAUAUAUUCAUAUAUUAUGAAUCUGUACAAUAUUGGAAUAAAGAAAUAUAAACUUGCACUUUUUUCUCUCCGACUGUUAAUAAUAGUUUAUUUGAUAUCAUUUUAUAGAUAUUGUGCACAAAUAGAAGAAGAAACAUUACACCAAUACCUUGUAUAAAAGCCACAAUUUAUUGAUUACAUGUUCUUGUAUAUUGGAGUUCGUAUCAUUGCAAGGACUGGGCAACUAAGGUUAAGUUGUUUAAAGUUGAGUUUAUUUUGUAAUUAUUGGUAAUAAUUAAAAGGCUAAUUUAUAUUGGCUUGCUAUAUAAGGAUGACUUUUGAAAUUUUGUCUAAGAAUUUUAUUUUGAAAACUUUUUAUUAGAUCUAUAGUGCCCAUUCCUACAACUGAAGGCCAGUAUAUAUGGUAUUAAAAAGAUGGCAUAGAGGAGCUUUACAAGCCGGCUCUUUUGCUCUGUACUUAUGUAUGCUCAGUGAAAAGUAAUGCAUAAAAAAAGAAUCAUUUUGUAAGUUCUUCCAACCUAAUGGAUCUAGAUAGACAUUGAAUGGUGGUUGUGCUAACAAGAGUGAGACAUGUUUUUUAAAUGCUUUUUUUUUUCUUAAUGAAACUGCUAUUUAAGAGAUUUUCUUGUGGCGGUAACUGCUUUGCAAGACAAGUAUAUUUCUAGUUAAAAAGUUAUAUGAAGAUGUCAGUGACUCCCAUUUUCAAGUGUUUCAGUCCAGCACAAGUUGUUCCAAGACAGCUGCAUGUUUUCUUAUGAAACUAAUGUUACUACUGCCACUGUCCUUUUUUGUUUUCUGCUUUGACCAACCUCUUGACUGUCGAGCAUACGUUUUAUGCGGAGGAUAAUAAUGCCAUCCCAUGUCCUUUUUGUUUUCUGCUUUGACCAACCUCUUGGACUGUCGAGCAUACGUUUUAUGCCGAGGAUAAACUAAUGCCAUCCCAUGCCCUUUUUGUUUUCUGCUUUGACCAGCCUCUUGGACUGUCGAGCAUAAGUUUUAUACCAUUAAUCUACCAUGUUUUGCUAUGCAUGAUCAUACCAAUUUAUGAUAUGUAUGCUAUACAUUAAAUGUGAUCAUGGUUUUCAUUUCU